AUGACUAAAAAUUUAAGUGAAGAAGAAAUUCUGCAACGGAUUAGGGCUGGACUAAAAAAAGGAUCCGGAUCUAAAAAAUCCGAUACCAAGAAAGAACCCCUUGAUAAAGAAUACGAAAACCACAAAGAAUAUGUGGCUACACUAACUACUCCAGAAGAAAAAGCAGAAGCUAAUCGGAUCUAUGAAGAAGAUAAAAAAAUGGACGCUAUCGCGGAAGACAAAAGCAAAAAAAUAAAAGAGGACGGAAGACGGAAGAAGGAAGCUAUUCUCAAACAACAGAGAGCAGAAGAAGUAGAUCCCCCAAUAACUCAGCAUAAACAACCCAUAAAGCCGACAAAACGAUCCGACUCUGACUCUACUACCAAAAAAGAAAAAACCCCUCCAGCGGACAUAGAAGAAGCAGAAAAUAGAUUAUUUGAUUAUAUGGAGAACAUUAAUUAUUAUUUAAUGAUCGAUUUUAGAGAUAAAAAAUUACUGAAAAAAUUUGGUAAUUACAGUUUAACAUCAGAUGGUUUUAUCAAACCUAAUAGAAAACCUUAUAAGAAUUAUUGGGAAACUACCACCCUUAAACAAGUAAAGCAAUUCAUUAAAAAUGGAGUAGAUAUUGAGGCUAGGGACAAAUACGGAAAAACUGUAUUAAUGUAUGCUAGUGAAUGUAACCAAAAUCUUAACAUAAUUAAAACAUUAAUUAAAAAUGGGGCAAAUGUAGAUGUUAAGGACGAAGAUGGAUGGACUGCAUUAAUGUACGCUAGCCAAUUUAAUAAUAAUCCAGACAUCAUUAAAACAUUGAUUAAGAGUGGAGCUGAUAUUAAAGCUAGGAACAAAAAUGGAAAUACUGUGUUAAUGUAUGUAAGUUCGAAUAACGAAAACCCAGACAUAAUUACAACACUAAUUAAAAAUGGGGCAGAUAUUAAUGUUAGGGACAAAGGUGGAUGGACUACAUUAAUGUAUGCAAGUUCGAAUAACGGAAACCCAGACAUAAUUACAACACUAAUCAAAAAUGGGGCAGAUAUUAAUGCUAGGGACAAAUAUGGAAGAACUGCGUUAAUGAUGACUUGCUGGUUUGAUAAAAAUCCAGAAAUAAUUAAAAUAUUAAUUAAAAAUGGAGCAGAUGUAAAUGCUGAGGAAGAAGAUGGAACUACGGCAUUAAUGUAUGUAAGUCGGUUUAGCGAAAACCCAAAUGUAAUUACAACAUUAAUUAAAAAUGGAGCAGAUAUUAAUGCUAGAGCCAAAAAUGAAAAAAAUGCAUUAAUAUUUGCUAGUGAAUAUAACGAAAACCCAAACAUAAUUAAAACAUUAAUUAAAAAUGGGGCAGAUGUAAAUGCUAAGAAUAAUGAUAACUGGACUGCAUUAAUGCUUGCAAUAGCCACUAACCCCGAUAUACAAGAAAAGGUAAACGAUAAUAACAUCGCUACAUUUAAACUAGCAGUAACGGACGAUAGAACACCAGAAGACUUAAACCCAAUAACUCAAUAUUUUAGUAUUACAGUUAAGGGUUCCUUAGUAAACGAAGUUAAAUGCUUUGUCAAACAGGAUCAAGAAAUUUAUUUGGAAGACGGGACUUAUUGGGAAUCUGUAACACUAGAUCAAGUCGAACAAGCCAUUACAAAUGGAGCAGAUGUUAAUGUUACGGAUAACGGAUGGGGAAAAACUGCAUUAAUGUACGCUAGCCAGUUUAAUAAUAAUCCAGACAUCAUUAAAACAUUGAUUAAGAGUGGAGCAAAUGUAGAUGUUAAGGACGAAGAUGGAUGGACUGCAUUAAAAUAUGCUAGCCAGUUUAAUAAUAAUCCAGACAUCAUUAUUACAUUGAUUAAAAGUGGAGCAGAUGUAAAUGCUAAGGACGAAGAUGGAUGGACUGUAUUAAUGUACGCUAGUUCAUUUAACAAAAACCCUGAAAUAAUUAUUACAUUGAUUAAGAAUGGAGCAGAUGUAAAUGCUAAGGAUGAAGAUGGAAAAACGGCAUUAAUGCUUGCUAUUUUGUGUAACAAUAAUCCAGACAUCGUUAAAACAUUGAUUAAGAAUGGAGCAAAUAUUAAAGCUAGGAAUAAAUUUGGAAAAACGGCAUUAAUGCUUGCUAGGCGGUUUAACAAAAAUCCAGAAAUAAUUAAAAUAUUACAAUUUAAGAAAAGGAAAUAA